GAAGGUCGAUUUCACGGCGGCGAGAAUUAAAUCCACGAGUAGUUAUAGCCUGCCUCACUUUUAAUUUUCAUAAAAAUUCAUUAGCUGUAUAAACACGGCAGGCUUUUAAUGCGCGGCCAGGGAUUAAGGUUUUGUGGAGAAGUGGAGGACAUAGCUGGCUGUGAGACGAGUGCUCGUCUGAAGGACCCUUCUACAGGAUUACCCCCCUUGUUGGAGCUCGGCGAGAUUUCUCGGGGGGACAUUAAUUAUACACACCUGGGGAACACUACCUAGUGCGCCGGGCCUCGGAUCGAUGCGGACACGGGAACGUGAGCGAAAUCGGAUCGCGGGGAUUUUGUGGGAUUGAUCCAAUAGUGGGAGUCCCGGAUACGGACAGACAGAUAGACAGACAGGAUAAGUACGCCGCGUGUGGUGGGGGUGAACCUACAGUGUGAUAACCCGGGGGAACUGUCCGGUGGUGCUUAGACUACACCUUAUGUUGGAUCCCAGAGUAAUUGUUUACUUGGAAUUUAAAUUGAUAGAGGUCGGUCCGUCUCCAAGGUAACACCGAGGUCUCCCCCGAGUCGUCGCGUGACGCGCGGACCAGUCCCGACUAUCUGUUCCUAACGACCGGGUCGUGUGAGCCUAUAAUCUUAGACUACGACCGCCUUGUGACCAAUGUAGAGGACCAGAUAAUGACUGACCAAGACUCCGUGGGAUCGCAGUACGAUCCCGUCUACCUCCUGUACAAGAGUAACCCUGGCCUGUUUGAGAACGACUUCACCAACCCGAGGAACGUCUACUCGCUGAUCAGCAAACGGCGCGUCAAGUCGUACGAUGACGUGUCCAAUGUUUCCAAGUCCGCGGAUUCUGUGCCAUCAGACUACCCACGUAUCACGCGUACAACAAGCAUGCGUGAUUUACGGCGGGCUGCAGGUCUACGCACGGCGUCCAGGAAGGAGCGCCACUACAGUAGUCAGGACCUCAGAUCUUUGACCCUUAAGGAGCGAAAAGACCCCAGCAUCACAGCGCUAUUUAUAAACGCCCCGUACCUUAAUAUAAAGGACCUUGAACACCUACCGGAAGUUGAAGCUCAAAGAGUGGCGCGAACUAUAUUACCCACAAUUUCUUCGAAGAAACGGACAAAAAACAAAGCUCCACCAUUCAAGUUAACAGAUGAAAAUAAAGGCUUCCCUUUGCCUGUGAUAAAGUCCGUGUCUGGAGAAACCCUUCCCUAUCUCACUCGCGGGGAGGAGCGUAGUGACGUCAUCAAGAACAGGAAUUUACAUCUGGAGGGUAAUUCGGAAGAAAGUAAUCUCGAAAAAUGGUUUUCGGAAAUGCCCGAUGACGUCAUAGAACAAGCCGAUAAAAUGGCAAGAGAGGAAAAAACCAGUCAAAGUGAGAGUGACUCUUCGCAACAGAAAUUACCCAGAAAUCCCUCAAAGGAGAAGAUUCAUUUACCAAUACUGAGACCGUUAAACCCGAUACCCAACCAAUAUCUAGAACUUAGAGAAAAUGUGAAGCGACCCAUAAAGCGUGACGUCAUCAUCGACAGGGAACAUUACAAACUGAAGCAGCGUUCCAUGCUGCGGCUGAAGAUGCUUGGUGACGAGAACGCGCGCACUGAGCGUCACAGGACGCAUUCAGACGCGGAAAUCCCUCUGUAUCAAUAUGACGCCGAGAAGUUCUAUCACCAGGAGCAGAAAACUACGCUGAAAGAUCUCAUGAACGCCAAGAGGCAAGACGGCGACGGAGUCAAAACUGUAAACAUCGACCAGUUCGCAGUGGAAGCGUACGAUAUUCAUCCGAGCGAGAAGUUCAACUUUGCCAAGCAAACUGUUGAGAACAAUGGAGCCAGGUCAGGUCUGUUCCGGGCGAGGACAUCAGUAGACUUGACCCCGAUCCGACUCAGAAACUCGCUUCGUUCCAGCGAGUCAAAGGUCAGUCCGGGUCACACCGAGCAUUCCUGGCAGAAAGCCAAGUCUGUGGAGCAGCCGCUGGACAGAGCCCUGUCGGUGAUCAAGAUAGAGAAGAAGGCGACGGACGAGAGCAGGAGUGAGACGGCUGACCCAGACAACAGACAGGUGACCUCCCCAGGCUCACAUUCCUCGGUUACAAACCAGAAUGGUCGAAACGCUCCUCCGCCGACAAGAGAUUCCAACCUGGAUAUGAGUAAAUCCGAGGCCAAGCGAGAAGUUCUCAAGUUCAAGCGCCUGGAAGUGUUUGGGGACACCAGUACCAAGAAGCUUAAUCCGAUAAAAAACACGGAGAAACCGUUGGUCAAACUGGAUUUACGCUGCUCUCCGACCGAAUGGCAGAAAGCCCCGGAUGUUAGUCCCCAACCACCACUACCCUUGAUCCAACGAGAUUUGAAAAAAGAACUUCCGGCCAUGACUUUCCAAUUCUCAACUGGCGAGGUCAUUAUUUCUAGAAAUGCUGCAAACGCCUUAAGCCCACCACGUGACCACCAGCGUCAUAGCUUCUAUCCAAAACGAGGCCCAAUUAAGUCCAACAACACGACCGAGCAAUCUCCCCAGCGUUCUGAUUCGACAAACGUGGAAACGACCGGCAAACAACAAGACACACCGGAAGUUGAUGACACUUCGACGGAUUUCACCAUGACGCCUGACUAUCGUAACAUGUCGGAGUUUAACCUGUCUGGGAGAGGAAGGCCUCGAGGUCGUUUGUGGGAUUUUGAUGGCGAUAAUCCUCAUCAAGAAAGUCUGUUAGGCUCCAGGAAAAAUACAAUUGAAGAAAUUCCCGAGGAGACAAUGGACCAAUUGACGCCAGAUCCCCCUGUACAGGAAACACCAACACAACCUGAACAGACGACAAAUGUAGACGCCCCAUCGGCUGAGUCACCACCUGAACACAGCCCAAACACCACGCCCUCAGACCAGAUUCCAUCUCCAUCCAAACUAUUGGAGCCAUCGGCGGAGAAGAUUGAAGUGGUCACGGCGCCACAUAACCAGUUAAAUGAGAAACCGUCAGAGGGGAACCGAUCAACAGAGAAACCGUCAGAGGGGAACCAGUCAACACAGAAACCGACAGAGGAUUCAAAUAAAGAUAACACUCAGCAGACACAAGAACAGGAGGGAGAAACGGUACCAGCUUCAACAAACAAACCAAACGACAAGAACACAACAGAGGAAAAUCAGAAAACGGAGAGAGAAGCAGACGAAACGGUAAAAGAAGAGGCCUCUUCUAAGGCGGAAGUAACCAAGCGAGACGCAGCCACUUCCGCCACCUCUUUGAUUGAGGCGAACGCAAAGCGUCUUAAUGCGUCAAGCAAAAACACGGACCACUCUACUGACUCUAUUGCAGAAGUGUUUGGAACAUAGAGCUGAUGUUGAGAGUAAACGUGGACACAUGAAUACGUAAAGAUUCUAGAAAAAGAGACAAGAUAAUAUUUUUGUUUAGGCGUUGUCUUUCGAUAUUAUAUAUGUUCUCAUUUUUUAUUUAUAUUACGGAUUUUCUAUUUUAUUUAAUCAAUGUUGAUUCUGGUUUAUAUGUCAGUAUCCGAUGCAGUAUUUUGUGGAUGCUCAACGGCUGUGAUAUCAGUGUAUAUAAUCACGUGUACGGUUGUCAUGGUAACAGUAUUGUUAUACAUAUUUAUUUUUCUACGGAUUUUAAAUGGUGCCGAUGUUGUUGAAUAAAUGAUAUUAUCUGUU